GGAGCCCGUCCUGUUCGCUCAUCUUCGAUUCAGUAUUCUAUAGUUUUGUGAGUCCCAUUUUCUGGAUCCCCUUGUGUAACUAGACUGAGUCGUCUUGUUUUAGCGUAUGAUAGCUUCUUGUUGUAAAGGUAAUAAAAGGUCGAGUUAGUUUGUCUUUGUCUCGGUUGUUCGUUUCUUGUGAUAGGACAAGGAACUGAAUGCAAUUUGAGUGAAAAGACCAGCUCCUUCUCGUAGUUGUUUCAAACCGCGCAAUCACGUGUUGAGCUCUUUUAGCAAAGGUCGGAUCAACAUAGCAAGUUGAUCCCUAUUUAUAGUAAUUUGUCAGUUUUAUUGUGAGAAGUGAUAAAGGACAGGAAAAAUGAAAGGCUCGAGUGUAAAAUUCGCAGAGACCGACGCCCCAGAUGGCGUCUACAAGGGUUCCCUCUUUAAGGGGCUUUUCAAGGAUAAGAAGGCAGUUCUUGACGGCUUUCCUGCGGUAGGCAAGGGACUCGCCUUUCCGGAGCCAUGUACCAUUUAAGAACAUGAACUCUAUCUAGAGGUGGAUUGAAAUUGGUUGAUAGUACAUUAAAUGGGUAUUAUAGAUUGCAGGAGUGCAUUCGAUCGCGACAGAGCUUGAUCUACGUAGUACUUCUCUAACCUCUUUUAUCGAUCUGAUAUAUCAGCAAGUUGUUAACACAGGUCUCAAGUUCGGCUCCUCGACCUACACCUUCAAGACGUCGGACGUCGUCGACAAGGUAAGCUGCAAAUUUGAAGAUAAAGAGCUCGUCGCACGAUACAAGAAGGAUACGAGCAAGUGGGAUGUUUUUUGUAAGGUCAAGCACUGCCCGGGCCUCUUCCUGUUUGGAAAGUACUGCUCAAGAUUAGUUAACCCAUGUUUGCUUCGUGUUAUAUCCAUCAAUCUACUCUUCCUACUUGUGCGCGUGUUAUUAAAUGAAAAAAGUUACCGAACAAGAUGAGGAUACGUUCGUCGAAUAACAAGUGCGUUUUACGUGUCUGAUGCAAAAAAAUACGAUGUGGACGUCAAAUUUUCACUGUGGUUGACCAUCCAGGUAUGAAGAGAAGGGCGAGGGAGUGCCAUUCUAUGUGGUCGGAGCGGAUGUUACCUACGGACCAAUGAUGAUGAAUCUAAAGACCAACUUUGGCACUGGUCUCUUCAAGAAGUCGUUUUCGUUUGACGCAUCAGAAUACUUAAAGGGACUCAAGAUUGCCGGCGACUUGAAGGUAAGCAGACCACUAGCUCUUAUCAAGCAUCCAGUCUUCUGAAUAACAGGAUGCGAAAAUGGUGAAAUACAGUUAAGUACAACAGAGCACAUUGCUUUGGACUAUUUACCUGUAAGUACUAUGAGUAUGAAAGGCUAUUAAUUGCAUGAAUAAAAGGAGUUGCCGCAGAAAAGUAUCCUCGCAAUUGAGUUUUUGUCGCAGCACACAAUCCAUUAACAUGUUCUGGCUCUUACCGUUUUUUCAGGGCAAUGCAAAGGACCUGAAUCCCGCGCUUUUCGCAUACAAUUGCGGUCUUUCUUAUUCCAGUCAAAUGGGAACGACUGUGCUUGGUGUGAGCUCAAAAAAGAAAUGCGUGCUCAACCAUGCUUUGAAGGUUGAUAGCAAAACGACGGCUGUUGUCGAAGUCGUUGCAUCCGCAGGAAACAGCAAGAGUACUAUACAUUGAAUGUUGGACCGUGAUGAACUUCAAAUUUAAGCUCUUGUUCGGUUUCUCAAUUUCAAUGAACGAAUUUAUAUGGUGUCGAGUUUUUCUGCCCAAUCAAACUCUAACGUUCUCAUCAUAUUUCAAAUCCAAAUUUUACCCGCAUGCACAUACGCACGAUACAACAGGCUUUCCGUUGACAAUGGGUGUUAGCCAUCAGUAUGACAAGGCGCAUCAAGUGAAGGUUCGGGCAAACAAUGUUGGCCAUGUCCAAUGCUGCCUGAAGAAGGAUGUCUCGCCGAACCUGAGCUUAUUGUACUUAUUACAAACUGGAGAGUACCAGUACUUAUACCAUACUACACGAUGCGAUGCGGUUCUCUUUUUCGUCUGUGACUUUAUCCUGUUGAAUGUUUUGGUCCUCUUAUAGAAAAUACAGGACUGCUAACGGGGGUCUCUUGUGUAGUCCGCGAGACAAUCUACCUAACUCACUUGUACUUGAAGCACAGGAAAGAGAAUUGAUUAACUAAAAUUCCUUUCAGGCUCGCAACGUGCGUGGACCUGAAGGAUACGAAUAGUGUGCUGAAGACGCCCUCGUUUGGGUUCAAAGUCGUCACAAAGGCGUAACUUCAUCGGCUCGGAUUUCUAUGCGGUCCUCGCCGUGGAGGAAAUAUAUCGCAGACACCGAUUUCGAGGCGCCAGCUCCGAGUAUUGGUUUUGUUGAAACUCAUUUUUCGAUCGUCGUCAAUUACUUACAAUUUUUACGGUUUACAGUUUAUGUCUCACCAAGAAUCAGAUACAGGUUAAGCUUAAAUGUCACACUUUGUAAGUGUCAGUCACCAAAGUUGUUCGCGAAAUAAGACGAUUGUCGGCAGUGGAAAAAUAAAGAAUGAUGAACAAAAUAUCCUUAGAUUAUCAGAUGAACAAGGGUAUUCAAAUGGAUGAGUCCAAAUCGCUGACACACCAUGAUGCAUCCCUUCCCGGCACCUCGCAUAACUUGUAAUUAAUCUAUAUUGUUGUUGUUCCCACCUAGCAUAAACAUGUUGAUUUAUAAUUAUGCUGUUAUAUUAAUUAUGAUCAUGUUGAAUUAAUCAGGUCGCCUUCGUGUUCUAGUGGAACAAGAAGAAGGUCGGUAAAUACGAUUUUCUCCUCGAAAAUCGUAGGCUUUUUCCCCCUCGUAGAAACUUCUUCGGCAAUGAGAUAUAGUUGGGUAAAUCUGUAUUCAAAAUCAAAAUGUGGUAGAAAACUUUAUGUCAUAUUUAGGUCAAGUGGGAUUAUUGUGUUAGUAGUUAUCGAUCGCAUUACUGCAAAGUCGGAUCGCGUGUAGAAGAAAUGAAGUGAACCUGUGUCUGGUUCUUCUCCUUCUCCUAAUUUUUCGAACAAUCAAAAAUGACUGUUUUUUGCCGGUGGGAGUUUCACAAUUUUUUGGCAAAGAGACCCAAACGCACACUUGCAACGAAUCCUAUUCGAUCCGUUGUUUGAAUGGAUAUUUAUUGUAAUUCUUAGAUCACGAUCCCCUAUUCUGAAAGGAGGAGCCGGGCCAUCUAGAAGAUACAUCCAUAGCUUGGAGCCUCUUCAUUGGAUCAGAUACAAGAACGGCGUACUCGAAU